CCUUUGAGAAAAACUACAACGUAAGUCAUCAAUGACUGAUCCAAAAGCAAGGAAUAAUUCUCGACAACAAUCGGAGAUUUUGCAAAUCGUCUCUCAAUUAGCUACAAGCAUUCAUAUUCAUAUGGUUCCAAAAGCAAGGAAUAAUACGACAUGUAUGGAUGUAGCAUAUGGUUCAGUCUAUCGUUCUUUGUUUGUUGUGUAAUUAUCUAGACCAACUCAAUUUGAAAUAUGAGUUGGAACCCUAAUUUAAUCUUCUACGCUUGCAUUGCAAAAGACACUACAAUCCUAGCUGAAUUCAAUUCAAAAGAUGCAGAUCUUGGCGAUUUAGCUAAGAAGUGCCUAGAGAAGACGCCGCCCUUCCAUUCCAUCUUCUCCCAUACUGUUCAUGGUGAAACAUACAUGUUUUUCAUCCUUGAUCCUUUCGUAUAUUUUGGAAUAUUUGAUGAAUCGCUCGAGAAACCUGAGUGCUUGUUGUUUCUCAAGAGCGUAAAAAACGCGUUUACCAGUAUGAUAGAUAAUCGCAAUUCUGGCACGAUGAAGCAGCGGUUGUAUUCCCCAAAUUGGCAUUGUUUCCAAGGAGAAUUUAGUCCGGUGUUUCAGCAGCUUCUGGCUUCAAAUUUGGAAUUCGAUGCGACGUCAUCGCCGGCGGAUUCGAAAGACGAUCACAGAGAGAGUUUAAAUUCCGUGAGAAGGAAGAACAAAGGGUCUACGGAUUCUUCCUCGAUGAAGAAAAGGUUUUUUGGAGAUGUUGACAAAGACGUAGCAGAAGAAGGCAAAUUGGAUUUGGAUAAUGACGAUGGGUCUGUUUCAAGUGGGAGUAGGAUGCAAAGGACGAGGUACAUCUGGAAGAAACAAGAAUCGAUGGUGGUGAAGAAUCAAUCAAUCAACAGUAGGACUUGGAAGAUGGGGUUUGAAGAGGAACCAAAACUAUUACUCUUUUCACAGCGUUUCAGUAGACUGGAGCUGGAGGGUGGCUUUACUCCGCCACCAGACACCUACACCGGAGCUGGAGCCACCAUCCCGUUUCAAUGGGAGGAGGCACCCGGAAAACCAAGAUGCACCACUACCAGUGAUCCGGCACCACAAGGUGUGAGGUGUUUGAAUCUCCCUCCGAGACUGUUGAUGAAUACCAAAGAAGAGAGUAUACAGACAGAGUCACCAACAAGUGUGCUGGAUGAACCUUAUUCCGGCAUGUCUUCACCUGGUAGAAGCAAGUGGAAGAUGAUGAUGGGAUUGAGGAAGAUGAUGAUGUGUAAGAGGACAUCAUCGCAUCAGCUCCGUUCAUGGAGUUUGGAUAGUUUCACGUAUAUCAGCAGCAGAGAUGGUGAUUCCUCUUCAUCAUUAAAUGACGUCUUUUCAGAUUCUCUUGAUUCCAACGUUAAAAACAACAAAGUUUCAACGACACGUGGCAUCAUCUUCUUCAACAAAACCGCUUUUAGCAUCUUGGAAAACAUGAAUCAAAGCAUUAAUCAAGUCGUCCCAUGGAGACGAUAGAUCGUCUAGCUAGCUGUGUUGUGUAAAUACUGCAACUACCAUGGAAUGGAGUUUAGUAGUUUCUGGAACAUUUGCUCAUUAAAUGGAUCUUUCUUAUUUUAUGAUUCCCAUUUUGCGUCAUGGAUCUUGC